AUGAGUCGAAUCUCCAUGAGAAAAUCAACAAGCGGGGGUGGAAGCAAGACCUUCAGCUCAGGUUCUGCUGGCUUAGGCGGAGGUUUUGGUGGUGGUGGUGGUGGCAGAAGCAGCUUCAGCUCGGUCUCUGUCUCUCGAGUUGGAGGAGGAAGAGCUGGUGGCUUUGGAGGUGGUGGCGGUGGUGGUUUUGGCAGCAGAAGCCUAUAUAGCCUAGGUGGAAAUAAAAGAGUUUCCUACAGUACUGUCGGCGGAGGUCUCCGGAGUGGAUUUGGUGGUGGUGGAGGAUACGGUUUUGGUGGAGGAUCAGGCAUUGGCUUUGGUUACGGUGGUGGAGCAGGCAGUGGUUUUGCUCUCGGUGGAGGUGGAGGUGGCGGGUAUGGGUUAGGUGGUGCUGGCGGUGGCUAUGGGUUGGGUGGCCCUGGGUUCGGUGGAAGGGGUGGCCCUGGGUUUCCCGUUUGUCCACCUGGCGGCAUCCACGAAGUGACCGUCAACCAGAGCCUCUUGGCGCCGCUCCACCUGGAUAUCGACCCGGAGGUCCAGAAAGUGAAAGUGCAGGAGAGAGAACAGAUCAAGACCCUCAACAAUAAAUUUGCCUCCUUCAUCGACAAGGUCCGAUUCUUGGAGCAACAGAACAAAGUAUUGGAGACCAAAUGGACUCUACUGCAGGAACAGGGUCAGACGACUGUCAAACGGAGCCUGGAGCCUCUUUUUGAAGCCUACAUUAAUAACCUCAGGAGGCAGCUAGAUAACCUUUUGGGGGAGAGAGGAAGGCUGGAUUCAGAACUGAGGAACAUGCAAGACAUGGUGGAGGAUUUCAAGAAUAAAUAUGAAGAUGAAAUCAACCGGCGCACAGCUGCAGAGAAUGACUUUGUGGUGCUCAAGAAGGAUGUGGACGGCUCCUACAUGAACAAGGUCGAGUUGCAGGCCAAAGCAGAUGCGCUGGCCGAUGAAAUUAAUUUCCUGAGAGCUCUGUAUGAAGCGGAACUGAGCCAGAUGCAGCAGCAGGUCUCCGACACCUCCGUCGUCCUGUCUAUGGACAACAACCGAAGCCUGGACCUGGACAGUAUCAUCCGGGAGGUCAAAGCACAGUACGAGGAGAUUGCCAACAGAAGCAGAGCUGAGGCAGAGUCUUGGUACCAGACUAAGUUUGAGGAGUUGCAGAUCUCCGUCGGGCGGCACGGUGAUGACCUGCGCAACACAAAGGUCGAAAUUUCCGAGAUCAACCGGAUGAUCCACAGGCUGCGGAAUGAAAUCGACAACGUGAAGAAGCAGUGCGCCAACCUGCAAGCGGCCAUUGCCGAGGCCGAGGAGCGCGGCGAAAUGGCCCUCAAGGACGCCCGAGCGAAACUGGCUGAGCUGGAGGAUGCCCUGCAGAAGGCCAAGGCAGACUUGGCCCGCCAGCUGCGGGAGUACCAGGAGCUGAUGAACGUCAAGCUGGCCCUGGAUAUCGAGAUCGCCACCUACAGGAAGCUGCUGGAAGGAGAGGAGAGCAGGCUGGCAGGAGAGGGAGUUGGACCCGUGAGCAUCUCGGUGGUCAGUUCCUCGACUGGAUACAGUGGUGGAGGCAGCCUGGGAGGAGGAUACGGAGGUGGGCUUUCCCUGGGAGGUGGCGGAGGAGGUGGCGGCUACGGUCUCGGCAUGGGAGGCGGGAGCGGAUUCGGCCUUGGCGGCGGCGGCGGCGGCGGCAGUGGAUAUGGCUACGGAAGCGGGAUGAGCAUUGGAGGUGGCAGUGGUUUCAGCUCUGGAAGUGGAAGAGGCCUGAGUGGAAGUCUGAGCUCCGGAGGGAGGAGCGGCUCCAGCGUGAAAAUCGUAUCCAAGACCACGACCAGCAAAAAAUCCAUCAGAUAA